GUUGAUCGGAAAUUGCAGUUGAGCCAGGCGCUUGGGAGGCUGCAGCAGGAGUGUCCAGCAGAGCGAAGGAGGCAAACAUGAGCAACAAUAAAUGCGAUGUGGUCGUUAUCGGGGGAGGCAUCUCAGGCCUGUCAGCAGCCAAAUUACUGUUUGACUCAGGAUUGAAUAUUGUUGUAUUAGAAGCCCGUGACAGAGUUGGAGGCAGGACAUUCACUGUAAGAAAUAAACAAGUCAAGUAUGUAGACUUGGGCGGAGCGUAUGUGGGACCAACACAAAAUCGUGUCUUGCGGCUCUCUAAGGAGUUUGGACUUGAGACAUACAAAGUCAAUGAAGUAGAACAUCUUAUUCACCAUGUUAAGGGCAAAUCGUAUCCUUUUAAAGGACCUUUUCCUCCUUUGUGGAAUCCCAUUGCUUAUUUGGAUUACAAUAACCUGUGGAGGACGAUGGAUGAAAUGGGGAAGGAGAUUCCAAGUGAAGCUCCCUGGAAUGCACCACAUGCAGAAGAAUGGGACAAAAUGACUAUGCAGGAGUUUCUAAACAAAGUGUGCUGGACAAAUGCUGCCAAGCAGUUUGCUACUCUGUUUGUGAAUGUUGAUGUUACUUCUGAACCACACGAAGUGUCUGCUCUCUGGUUUCUGUGGUACGUUAAGCAGUGUGGAGGGACAACAAGAAUAUUUUCAACUACCAAUGGAGGCCAGGAGCGGAAAUUUGUUGGCGGUUCAGGUCAAAUCAGUGAGAAAAUUAUGGAAUACCUUGGAGACAGUGUUAAACUAGAAAAGCCUGUAAUCUGCAUUGAUCAGACAGGUGAAAGAGUCAUAGUGGAGACACUAGAUCAUGAAACAUAUGAGGCCCAAUAUGUUAUUAGUGCCAUUCCCCCAGCUCUUGGUUUGAAGAUUCACUUUAAUCCGCCUUUGCCUUCACUGAGAAAUCAGUUGAUUAAUCGGAUCCCCAUGGGAUCAGUCAUCAAAUGUAUAGUGUACUACAAGGAAUCAUUCUGGAGGAAAAAAGAUUUCUGUGGUACUAUGAUAAUUGAAGAUGAAGAAGCAGCAAUUGGUUUGACACUAGAUGAUACCAAACCUGAUGGAAGUUUUCCAGCCAUAAUAGGUUUCAUCCUUGCACGGAAAUGUAGAAGAUUAGCACACCUUACUAAAGAAGAAAGGAAAACUCAGAUCUGUGAGCUCUAUGCAAAGGUUUUGGGAUCACAGGAGGCCUUACAUCCAGUGCAUUAUGAAGAGAAGAACUGGUGUGAAGAGCAGUAUUCUGGAGGGUGCUACACAGCCUAUUUUCCACCUGGGAUAAUGACUCAGUAUGGAAGGAUCAUUCGCCAGCCUGUUGGGAGGAUUUUCUUUGCUGGCACUGAGACAGCUUCAGAAUGGAGCGGCUACAUGGAAGGUGCAGUACAGGCUGGGGAAAGAGCAGCCAGAGAGAUACUAUUCACUAUGGGAAAAAUUUCAGAAGAAGAAAUUUAUAAACCAGAACCAGAAUCACUUGAUGUCCCAGCCCUGCCGAUCACUAGUACCUUUUGGGAAAAGAACCUGCCAUCUGUACCAGGACUGAUGAAGUUGAUAGGAUUUUCUGCUUUUUUCACAUCAGUGGCUGUAGCUGGACUCUUUGCCUAUAAAAAGGGCCUAGUGGUGCGGAUAUACUAAUGUGGAGCUGUUUUCCUUUGUGUGCAUUUGCACAGUCCUUUUUCUCUUGCUGAGCAGUGAUUAUUGCAGUUAUCUCAUACACUUACAUUGUGAACAGGACAUAUUUUUUCCUAUGCCACUAACAAUUGGCAACCAUAAUGAAAUGUAAGGGGGACUGGAGCACAGUUUCUGUUCUCACCAGUUUUUUUGUUGUGUUUGCUAAACAAGAUCAGAUUCCACAUUUGUCUCACCAUAGUGUCAAUGUGAAAAUUAUUGCACAAUAGGAGGCAAGUAGUUGUGUGACCCUCUACUUUUUAUCUCCAGUGCUUUUGGGGGCCUAAUAAAUAAAGGAUAGGAGAUUUCAUUUUAAGUAAGGAGAUAUGAGUGAAUAAAUUCUAGCAAGAAAGCUACAUAUGGAAUACGUUAUAUAUUUUUAGCUAAACUUGUGAUUGCUAUUCAGAUCCUAUUAUUAAAUGUUACCUGAAAGUCAGUAUUCUUGAAACUGUCAUUCCAGUAUAGUUCCUAAAGCAAUGAAGCAUUCAAAGUUAAUUAUUUAUAUACAUGCAGCUCCUAUAAUUGAAGAGCAACCACACCUGAGUGGAUCCAACAUAUACAUACUAGUGCUUUAAGACUGAGACCUGUGAUUCCAUAUACUUUUAAAAAUCUUAACCAGAUCUCCCCAAAAUAUGUGGGGACAGGCUAAAUGAUCAGGGGAAUUCUGUGGCACUGUGGAAUUACUUUGGCAUUAUGACCCCCCCCCCUUUCUUCUUUUCCUGGCAUUAUGGAAUUCCAUCAAGAUAGCUUCAAAUCCUGGUUAAGGGUGACUUCCAAUAUUUACUUUUCCUUGAUUGUGUCUUUAAGAUGCAGAUACAGAGCCAGGGAAGAAAUUACCAAACAUGAAGUCUCUAAGGAAUUGUUUUAUACUGAAUCACAUCAUUGGUGCCUCAAGCCUAAUAUUGUCUAUUUUGGCCAAUAGCAACUUUCUAAAUUCUCAGGUAGAUGCUUUUCCCCAUCCAUUCUGUGUUAUUUAUUAAUAGAAAGUGUGACAGAUUAAAUCCAGUACUUUCUGCACGCUAAAGCACUGAGCUGUGCCUCUGUGGUCAGGAUGGACUGGAGUGAGGUUGAGGAUAAUCCUGUUCCACAAAAAAGAGAAAGGGAGUUAGAACCUGCUUUUCUGCUUGGCCAGGUGCUGCCUUUCUGAGCUAUGGGGCUUAGCUAAGCUAUACACCACCUUUAUUGAGCCACAUGGCCCAAGAGGGGGAGGCAGACCACUGGCUAAACAAGAAGAGUCCUGGAGUUAUAAUGCCAAUCUGCCCUGCUUAAGGUACCACAAGGUCAUGGGAGCCAAAUUUGCUAAUCUUCUUCAUGAAAUUUGCAACGUUCAUGCCAGAAACCUGAAAAUGAUUAUUGCCGUAUUAAGGGACUCUGUGCUGAGAGCAUGUGUUCUUUAAUACUCCUGGCACUGUGAGGAGCAUUCCAAUUAGCAAUUUGUAACUGGAGCUGAAGAGAAGGAAAUGGGUGAUCUGAUUCAGGGGAAGGAGCUUUUACAUAGAUUCACACAGACAGAAGUGGGGCAUAGUCAGAAAACAGUACCCAUGCCAGGACAACAAGGAACUGGGUGGCAUAGAGAAGAACAGUUCCACAGCUGCUCCUCAGACUUUUGGUUUCUAGGAAGGCAGUCUCUAUUCUUCCAAGUUUUUCUUUGCAAGUAUAAGGGCAGAGACACAUAUGCGAUAUUUGUACUGAACUUUAAUACAGUUAGAAGACAUUUAGCAGCUAUAGAUCAUGGAACCUUCCAACAUUCACUUGGUAUGAGGUGAUUGUAAUUGUUGAUACUUUAAUUCUGAAAGCAUAGUUGGUUCUGCAUUGGAGCUGCAUCCAUAAGACAGGACAAAAUGAACCACUCAAGGGAAAUAUUUUACAAUAGUGAGUGUAAUUGUAAGUAAGGGUGCAUCCCUAAGAAUCUGUGACUGAAGCGAGCAGAAAAUACAACUCUAAUAGACCCACAGAAACAUUUUACAUGAAGUAUGUUACCUGAAACUUAAACUAAAACUUUUUUGUUUUAGCCUAGCUAGGAUUGUAGCAGGUACAGAAAUUCAACCAUAAAGGAUAAGAAAAUUGAUUGUAAUGACUGAUCAGUUUAGAAACAUUCAUCUUUUUAACAUACUUUCAAAACUUAGGUUUGAUAGUUUAUUUUUGACUAGGUAUUCCAGUUACUCAGUUUCUUUUAUUUCUUGUAUUAAAUUCAAAUGGAUAUUUCUAGGAAAAUUGGAUUUCUUUUAUGGCCUAUGGAGGGGUAUUCACUGGUGCUGGGUUACUAGCACUGUUUUUCUUUUUGUGUGUGUGUGUGUGGGGGACUCUUCCAAGCCCUGAGGGGGGAAAUGGUGGAAACUGGUGAAACUAUAUAUGAUUACCUUCUCUCUUCGCCCCCACACCAUACACACACUUUUAACAAGAAAAGCAUUGGAUGCAUUUCAACCUUUACAUAGCUGUUAGCCCUACUACUAUUUUGGCAGGGAGAACAGGGAGCUGAAACAGGAUUCAAACCAAACAUGUUCCUUUGUCAGCUUCUUGGAAUUCAUAGUGCUUAUCGUACCUGAGGUGACUGGAGUUGGGAAGGGAGGGAGAGCAGAGUGUUGCACAGGAAUGUCAAUAAUCCUGCAACAAAACAUGCUGUCCUUUUUAGAGACUUGAUUUGUGUGGAAAUGGGCAGCUGAACCUUUUCAGAGGUAAAUAAUAUCAUCCGGUAAAUGACAUCCUAUUCUGAAAAAGACAAUUUAAUAUCAAAAAGCAAUCUAAAAUGGAAAUAACUGGGCCUAAAUUAUAGAGAAUUUUUUUCACUUACCAGGUAGAAACAUUACCUCCUUGAACAAGCUGUCUUACAGUCUUCAUUGUGGUUAAAAAAAGAAAGACCUACUCUUGUAUUGUAUAUAUGAAAAUAAAAGUGUCAGGUGACAUUACUAUGAAAGAACACAAGAACUGCCUUGCAAGAUCAUCAAACCACAUGCUAGGAUGGCCAACUCUAGGUUUGAAAAUUCCUGGAAAUUUGGAGGUGGAGCCUGGGAGCGCAGGGUUUGGGGGGGGGGGACCUCAGUCAGUAUAAUGCCAUAGAGUUUCCCCUCCAAAUUAUGCAUGUUCUCCAAGGGAACUGAUCUCUGUAGUCUGGAGAUCAAUGGUCAUUUGGGAAAAUCUCCGGGUUCCAUCUGGGGGUUGGCAACCCUACCAAAGGCAUAUCAACUUUGACACUGUGUCAACUCAGCCAGUUGCUCCCAGGAAGCUCUCCAGCUGGGCUUGCUGCAUAGUCUUUCUUUACCAUUGUUACAAAAAAAAGAGACUGUUAUGGCAAAUAGCAUGAGGUAGAGAUUUGGUAGACAUUUUUUAGUCAAUGAUGGUUCUUCUGUGCAGUGCUUUUAGCUCUUUGCCAUAUGUGACCAGCAAUCCGUCACAUUGUUAAAAUGUUUACACUUUAAUGACUUAGUGAGAAUAGCAUAUUUGCUGUUGUGCACAUAGUUUUUAAAAAAUGUCAAAAAAUGAAUGUUUUGUGUAUUGAAGUGUGCUUUGAUUAUGGUUCUCCUCUCAGUUUGACCCCAGUCAGCCAUGUGAUAGACCACAUCUCCAAAGCAUGUGUAUGUAUAUAUUUGUCCAGUUCUGGAAUGGGCAGCAGGCAACACUUUCACAAAAUGUAUUUAGACCGGCACAUUUGAGGGGAGUUGGAUGAUCUGUUUAUCACUGUGGAAUUCCAAGUUCUAAGAAAGAGAUAUUUGUACCAUGGGCAGUGACUUAACUUAUUUUGGCAUGCAUUGGAAGGGUGCAUGCCUCACUGCCAAUUUCAGUGCUCAUAUGGGUGUUAUAGUAUAGAGGAAUCACAGUGACCUUUGAAUGCCUCAGUACCACUGACACUAAUGAAAGUUGUUGAAUGAGUAUGACAUCAGUUUAAUCUUUUGCUUCUUAUAAGAAAGUAUUAUGGAUGUCGUCCUGCACUACAGAGCUAGCAUGAUAAAGAACUGCAAAAGAUGUAUAGUCCUUGAAGUAAUUCAGACAGCCCAAAUGGGUGCUUCUCUAUGUCUGGUGGAUUCCGCACAGCAUAAUAAUAACAGGUUUAUUUUUGAACCCAGGUCUAUUAUAUUCCAUUUUUGCCCUUUACAUGGGUGCUUGUUUUUCAUGGAGGAAACAAUCCAUUUUUUUCUGCCCCUUCGCACAAACCUGAUAUCAUUUUUUUUACAAUGCAAAUGCGUAGGCACGAACAUCCUGUUUUUCCUGUGUUCUGAUUGGCUGUUUCAUCAGCCCAGUCCCCCUUCUGCUAAGGAAUAUUUCUGAAUAGUGGAGAAUUUACAGUAACCCCAUGGAAAAAUGUUUAGGGCUUUGAAACCAUGACACAUGAAAACAUGAAGAUAUACAAAAUAAUAAAAUCUGUCCAAAAAGGGAGCAAAGCAACAUGUCCCAUACAUAUGUGCAUUUGCCUAACUGUGUGCUCUGAGCACCCAAAAAAGAAAAAGAAAAGGGAACGAGGCCAUUAUUUGCAUGUACACAUCCGUCGCUGUACACAUUUAGAUCCAUCGCUGUACACAUUUAGGUGAAAUGGCACUCACAGUUGCUGCCAAAGGGAAAAAACAUGCUUGGAGGACAUUUCUGAAAUGGCAGGCUAUCACACUGGUCAGCAGCUCAGCAGAAACAAAACUGACAUGAUGAAAAGAGAACAGGCAGAGAGGCAGGAACAAUGAAGUGGUUGGGCAGCCAUGCUGUUCUCUCGGUAAAAAAAGAUUGAGGAAAUAUAACAGGACAAUCCCGUUUUGUGGGAGGGACUCAUGCAAAGUUCUUUCCCAAACCGGGAUAUUUCCCUUCAUCAACCUGUUAUAAUUCUACUGCAUGGAAUCUGCUUUAAUUUGCCCCUCAUUAUGACCUGUUUUAAAGCAUUGUUAUCUGUUUAUAUUCUGUAUAGCUGGAGCCAUUGUACUGGUGUUUUUGAUGUUAAUGUGGUCAGGGAAUCAGCUGCCACAUUAGGAGUGACAGAGUUCACAGUGGAUACAAUGUUUGAAAAUCCUGCUCAGUUUUUGCACCUCCAACCAGGUAGCAAAAACAGCAAGCUUAGCACGUUUGUGGAAAGUCACAGUAAAGUCACUGGUAGGUGUUGAGUGGCAUUCAACUUAGUGGCUCAGAUUUGCCUUGCCUAUUGUUCAGUGGCAUAAUGCCAAGGGGAUGGGGGGUGCAUGGUGCACUGGGCAUGCGCAGGUGAGGGGGCGUGGAGGAGCAGCUGGGGGUGUGGCAGGGGUGCAGGACACAUGCGUGUCCCAGGCACAGACCCCCCCCCCCUCACUCCGGCCCUGCUAUUGUUCCUCUGUGAGAAAUGGUUACUAAUUUCUUCCCAAGUGUACUUUAUUUCCUUCUCAUCAGCUUUUCCUCCAUGGGGCUUCAAUUACAUGGGGCUUCAAGGUAGCCUCCAAUUACAACCCAGAGUAGCUCAAAAUAGCUUCAGGCUACGGAUUUAUAAUUUGGAAAUCCCAUGCUCCAGAGCGGGCCUACUCAGCUCCUGAAGUAGGGGCUAUGAUCUAUUACUUAGUUUGGAAACUAGCUACUAUGUUGAAUCAGCAAGACUUCAGAAGUAUUAGCCUUGAAGACCAGGCUGGUAUGUAUGUAUGUAUGUAUUUAUUUAUUUAUAAUUGGUUUUAUAUACCACCCCUCCCCCGAAGGGCUCUGGGCGGUGAACAACACAAUAAAACAAUAGUUACAAUAAAACCCCCAUUAAAACAACAAUCAAUAAUAUUAUAUUGGCAUCCAAUCAUAAAAACAGUAUCAAAGUUAUGAUCAAAUCAUAACUGGUAUCAAAUCAUAACUGGUAUCAAAGUUAUGUCCAGUGGCAGACUUUUAAAAUUAACAUUAAUUGUGCAGGUAGAGAAAAGAAAAUACCUGCUUGCCUUCCGGAAACCAGAAUUGUAUGUGCUAGUAGACUAUGUGUUUAAAAAUGGAGGAACUAAAACAUGGGACACCCUUCAAUACUCUGUGCAAAUAUGAAGUGUCAAUUAGAAGUAGACUACAAAAUCUACCCUUUGAUUAAACAAAAUAUUUCUUCCAUCACCUCCUCCCUAAAAUCUUCUCAACUGUUUACGUUCUUUUCCAGGAAAAAUAAAAGUAACACGUGCAAAGUAAGGUGGUUUUUCAAUGUUAAAUACAUUACAUGCUGCAGCUGAUUGCAUCCUUUGAUCACAUGCCAGUCACUAGUAGUUGUGUCUGUCUGUUUUGUAUAUCAAAAAUGACAUUACAUUACACAGACAUGGAUUGUGUAUGUUAUGGUUUGUUUGUGCCUUAUAAAACUGUGGUGUUUUUCUCAAGUGCCUCUAUGGUGGCUGUCUCUCUAUUGAGUCCCUUGUUGCAUUCUUUUUUGAAUCAAUAAGUCUUCUAGAUAUUUUUAUCUGGCAGCUGUGAAGCUUUUUAAAACACAAAUGAAUAAAUACUGUUGUACAAAA